AUGGAUAAAAAAUAAAAUAUUAAAGAAUAUGAUGAAAAAGAAUUCGUUCCAUGCGAUUUAAAAGUAAUAUUGUUAGGAGAUUCUGCAGUAGGAAAAUCGAAAUUAGUAGAACGUUUUCUUUUAAAUGAUUAUGAAGAGAGAAAUCUUUCUACUUAUGCAUUAACAAUGUAUCGUCAUGUUGCAAAUAUUGAUGGAAAAUAAUAUAAAAUAGAUUUAUGGGAUACUGCAGGAUAAGAAUAAUUUUAAACUUUACAUUCUUCUUAUUAUUUUAAAGCUAAUGUCUGCAUUUUAGUAUUUGAUAUUACUAGAAAAAUAACAUAUAUAAAUCUUAAAAAAUGGUAUUAAGAAAUGAGAGAGUAUUGUCCAGACAUUCCUUGUAUUUUAAUAGCAAAUAAAAUUGAUGUUGAUAGAGAUGUCACUAAUAAAUAAUUUAAAUUUGCUUCAUAAAAUAAUUUACCUUUUUAUUUUGUAUCUGCUGCAGAUGGUACUAACGUUGUAAAAGUCUUUCAUGAGGCUCUAAAGUUAGCACUUGAUAAUAAAUUAAAUCCACCUGAUGAUUUUAUGAAAGAAGUUGAUGAUUUAUUAAAUGAUAAUAAUAUUUUCGGAAAAAAAUAAUGAUUUUUUAAAUUAUAAUCUUAUUUAAUGAUUUAAAUAAAUGCACAAUUAAUAGAAUUUUAAACAAUUUAUAAAAAAUAUAAAAAUAUUUUUAUGUUUUUGCUUUUUAUUUUAUAUCAUAAAUUUAUAUUU